AUGACGCCUCAGAUGCGUCAGGCAGUCGAAGAGGCGCUCUCCCGCCUCAGCGCGGCGGCCGCGGCGCGGGCCGGGCCCGCGCUCGCGGCGGCGAGCGCGGCGCCUGAGGACCCGCGGUCUGAGGAUCAGCGCCGCGAGGAGUCCGAGGUUGCGGAGGAACUGGCGGCGGUGGUCGCGCGGCUGGAGGCGCAGCAUUGGGAGGAGGAUGCAUGGGCAGCAGGGGCGGUCGGCGACCGGGAGGGGGAGGGGGAGGGGGCAAAGGAGCGCGCGUGCCGCGCGGCGGCGGCUGGCGCGCUGAGGGACGCGGCUGAAAGGGUGGAGGGGGAGAGGCGGGCCGCGGCGGCCGCGGCCGUGGCGGCCGAGGCGGAGGCGGCAGCCAAGCGGAAGGUCAAGAGGCCCUGGCCCAAAAAGGUGGGCCCCUUCGACCACACGCCCAAGCGGCCCCAGGCAGGCGCUAUCCUCGGAUACUUCGAAGCCGAGGAGGGCCUGCUGGCGCUGGCCUCGGACCCCCUGCUCCAAGGGCAGCCCGCCUCGGGCGCAGCGGCGGCGGCGGCCGCCGCUGUGGUGGCGCGGGCGCCGCGGCCCGUCCAGCCGGCGUCUCCAGGGCGCCAGUACCUGCCGGGCGUGUACUUGGCAGCUUCCACGCAGCUCCUGGACGACAGCACAAUCGCAUCGCCACACUGGCAACACCAGCAGCAGCAGCAGCAGGGGGAGGGCGGCGCCCCGGCGGAGCCCAACCUGCCCUACCUCUGCCGCGAGGGCGCCACCAUGCGGACCACAAACACCAGCAGCGCCGUACUUAUAAAGUGCGCCGGCCGCGGCGGGCGCCAGCUCGGGCUGUCGCCGGCGCACGUGCACUUUGGGGCGGUGCCGGCCGGCGGCGCGUCGCGGCGGGCGGUGCGGCUGAUGAACUUGGGGGCUGAUGUGGCGCGAGUGACGGUCGAGCGGCCGCGGCCGCCGCUCAGGCUGUUGUACACCCCGGCACCCAUAGCACCCGGCAUGGCCAUGACCCUCACACUGGAGCUGGCGCCAGACGCACCCGGUGACUACGUGGGAGAGGUGACCAUAAAAGGCGAGCUGGAGGUGGCGGUGCUGACAGUCAGCGCAAAGGUCCAGCCGGUGGCGCCAGGGCCCGGCGGCGCGGCCGCGCAGGCCGCGCGCGGGGAGGGGAGCGACGGCGAACACGAGGCGGAGGGCGACGGCGAUGCUGGCGGCGGCGGCGGUGGGCGGCCGUAG